UCUCAAGUCUAGUAGACGAUUGAAAUGAUGUAGAUGCCUAGCUUUAAUUUUCUUGCUAUAUUUCAAAAUGAUGAUCUCAAAAACUUAUAAUGUUGAUGAUGCUAGUUGUUUCCAAUUAGUCACACGAAAAAACCAUCACACGUCAGUUCGGUCCAUUCGGAUUAAAACGAAAGUAGUUUCGUUUUGGAAUAUAGAUUCCCGUAUUCCUAAUUCUUCAACAGAUAUACAGAGUAAUGCUAUUGGGGAUGAGGAAGUAAAAUAAAGUCUCAUGAUCAAUUACUUUAUGUUUAGCAGGUUCGCGAAUUGGGCUGCAUGGAUAUUUCAUUAUUUCGUCGAAGUCCUUAUCAAUAGCUUCAAUUCCAAAUACACUCCUCACCGUCUAGGAUAGGAGAAAGUAUGAAUCAUACUAUAUGGAAAUUUUCUGAUCAAUACUUCAGUAAUUUUAGAACUUCUUCGAAGUGGCAAUAAUCCCAUAGGAAGAUUGAGUCAGGUCAGACAAUUCUUGUAGCGUGUCAAAAAGGAUUUAGUUUCCAAUGCAAAACUACAAAGACUAAAUUAACAUCAGAGGACAUACUCGAUAAACUGGACGACUUAGCUUUAGAUUUAGUGAAGGUGGGUAGGCUGUCACAUAAAUGGCCUCCUCCUCCAAAGCCGUCAAAGUAUAGCCCUCUCGGGGCAAUCACGAAUCAGCCAACCAGCCAAGUGGAAAUGGGUAAUAAGGACAAAAAAGCAAAUCAGAGCACAUCGAAACCAAAAUCUAGUAUCUUAGGGUCAUUUGUCAGGAAGUUGGGUGGGAGUAGUUCUCCAAAGGACACUACACAAUUAACAUCGACCUUAUCGAUGGAAGCAGCGCAUGGCAAAGAUAACCUAAUUGCAAGUGGUAUUUCCGAGUCUGUUCAAGUACAUGAAGAUAUGCUUGACUUGAUUGAAAAACUCCCUCCCAGAUCCAAGAAGGCUGUUCAGUAUCUUCUAGAGUCAAUUAUAUACGAUGCACCAGAUGACAAACAUGAUACAAAUACAGCAGGGAUAUCUUUGGGUUUCCCUCUUGGGACAGAUGAACAAAAGAUGAUCAAUGCUUUAGAAACAGAAGUUACAUCAGCAAAGGAACAUAAUGCGAUGCUUCAAGAAAGAUUUAACAAAGUGACAAAAGAAAAGGAGAAAUAUGAGGAAAGAGUAAACGAUUUAGAAGCGGAGGUUGAAGGACUAAAACAAUUACGGGAUUCCUUGCAAGAAAAAAUUGAAUCUGAAGUCACUGAUAAAGAAAAUAUACAAACACAAUUGAGCAAAAAAGAAGAAAUUUGGAGUGACGAAAAUUCGGAAAAUUCCCAUAAUAUCAUGCUAAAGGAACAAUACAUCGUAGAACUUCAAAGACAAAUUACUGACUUAAAAGAUAAAAUCAAGAAUUUGGAGAGUACUGGUGAUCGUACAAGGAGGGUUUCAGAUAAGUUAAAUGAAGACAUAAAUGCGAAAAUUAAAGAACUUGAUCAGAAAGAAAAAGAGAUUAAAGCAUUAGAGCGCGAAAAACAAGACAUAUCGACCAGGCUUGACAGAGUCUUUAAUGAUUUGAAGAAACAAGAAGAACUCAACAGGUCCCAAACCGCAAAGCAUCAGACAGAAUUGAAUAGAUAUAACAACAAUGAGAAAGCAUUGAGUCAAGUCCAAAAAGAAUUGUCCGAGUCACGCAACAGUACAUGUGCUCUAAAAGAGAAAUAUUCAAUCUUAGAGAAAGAACAUGCGAAACUAAGCAAUGACUUGAAAACCCUAGAUAACAAGUAUAAAGCACAAGACGAAACAAUUCUGAAAUUGAAAAACGAAAAUGUAGAGCUUCGCAGAAAAACAGAAAAAAUGUUAAAGAGUUCGGGUGGGAACAUACUGGACGGAUUGGUGAGCAGCGUUGAGUCGUCUAUUAAAGAUGAGAUGCAAACGCGUCAGAUUGAAGUACAUCAGGUUCCUCCCGAACAGAAAGAUGUCCCCACUGUUCUAUUUUGUCUGAAAUCAUCAAGACUUGGGGUCGAUGUGGCGAAAGCUUUAAAACAAGUACAAGGGCAUGGUACCGUAUUGUUGGUUGUUGUUCAUCACCAGGCGAGUCACGUUAACUCUCCAACACCAAGCAAACAUAUUCUCCCUGAGGCCACGAGAAACCAAGUUAGAGAUAUCACCGACAUCGUAUUCUGGAAUGGAGCCUUCUACUCUUGUGAUUUCAACACAAGCGCCAUUGAAACAUUUGUGAACUAUUUGACGAGUGAUUGUAUCAAAGAAGUGUAG